UUCAGAAACCUUGUCUCUCUCUCUCUCUCGCUCUCUUCUAAUGGAGGACGAUUGGGAUCUUCAAGCUGUGGUCCGAGGCUGCUCCACCGCCACCGCCACUACCACCACAUCAUCAACCAGAACUCCCUCCACCGCUGCCACCGCAAGUUUCAACAUCUCCGGCUUCCAUUCAAACCCAGCAGCUGCUUCCUUCUCUUCAUUUGGUCCAACUUCCCCACAACAGCAACUCCUCUUCUCUCCCCCACUUCCAGAUCCCAUCAUUAAACCCAGAAUUGCAAUUGAAGAAUUGCAUGACCUUUACAAGCCUUUCUUCCCCAAAUCUCAGCCUUCCCUCUCCUCCCCACAAAUCGCACCACUCACUCUCUCUCCUCUGACCACACCCAAAGAUCCAAGGCAUCCCAUACAGUACCACCAACAAACCCAGCACCAACAACAACAAACCCAACACUCCAAGCCAUCAUCUUCCACCACCACCGCACGAUCCAAAAAAAGAAAGAACCAGCUUAAAAAAGUGUGCCAAGUUCCGGCGGAGGGUCUCUCUUCAGACGUAUGGGCAUGGCGGAAGUACGGCCAAAAACCCAUCAAGGGUUCCCCAUAUCCGAGGGGAUAUUACAGAUGCAGCAGCUCGAAGGGUUGUAUGGCCCGGAAACAAGUGGAGCGGAACAGAUCCGACCCGAAUAUGUUCAUAGUCACCUACACGGGGGAGCACAACCACCCGGCCCCAACUCACCGCAACUCGCUCGCCGGCUCCACUCGCCAGAAGCCCUUCUCACCACAAACCGCCACGCGGGGUGACUCUGCGAAACCCGCUUCUCCGACAACCUCGGUCUCCGCGGACGAGGAGACUGCCGUUGCACCUCAGAGUACGACCGUGGAAAGCAGCUGCAAGGAAGAGAAGGGGAGUCCUUUGAUUACCGACGAGGAGGACGAGUUGUUGGGGAUGUGCGACUCGGUCGUGAGUGACGAUUUCUUUGUUGGGCUGGACGGUCUGGCCGGAGAUUACUUUUCCGAUCACUCGACGGGGAGCUUCGGCAUGCCUUGGAUUUCUAGCAGUGCUGCCACCGCCGCUGGUAGUAUCUGAUUCGCCAAGAAAAGUCAGCUCUUUUGUGAAGAAAACAAAACUACAGAAAAAAAAAAUGAAAAAGGGAAAAAAACCAAUUCUCUUUUUCCUCUGGGGGUAUUUUUGACUCUAUAUUUGUUGGGGGUUAGAGAGAGAGAGAGAGAGAGAGAGAGAGAGAGAGAGAGAGAGAGAGGGUACAGUGGGUGUAACUAUGGGUGGGAAUCUUGAUUAACAAUAUGCUUAAUUAUUAGAAAUAUUAGGGGUGAAAAGGCUUGUAGUUUUCUAGAUUAGUCAAUUAAUUAUCUUUUUAUUUGUUGAUUGGUUGUUGGUUUGAAUUUUGAGUAAAGUUAAUGGAAGUGAUUAGUUUGAUGUUA